UGUGAGAUCGGAUUUCAAAGCCAGAGGAGGGAGGAAGCGGUGGCUCACUCUCAUAACCGGAUAAUCUCCUUCUCGAGGCGCACAACUUCUCACCGUCCCCGCCGCAUCGGGUGGCGUUCUCUCUUCUCUGCAGUUCUUAAAGGCAGAGCUACCCUCUCUGGGUCUGGACGGCGCAGCCCUACCGACGCGUGUACACGCAGCAGGAUUCACACGUGCACGGCCAUCGCGCAUCUAAGGCUGUCCCGUGGAGCAGAGCAGCCCCGGGCUACCUGGCUCAAUGGUUUGAACAGGGACGAGACGGCGGCUUCUCGUGGGCACUCCGUGGGAAAACAAUCCGAUUUUUUCCCAAGCUUUCUCGGCCGCCACCCCGAAAUAAUGCCGCCCUCUCCUCCAGCCCGCUAGCGCCGCUUUCUGGCACGCAGAGGGUUAAAGGCAGGCCCCGGCCUGUGGGAGGGGAACCGAGAGCCAGGAAGGAGGGAAGGCUGGCAAAAGUUGGAAAGUUUCCCGCUCCUGCCCCAUUGCUUCGCCGCAUCCCCCGAGACUCUCCUCGGGGAACUGGAGCAUUUCCAGUCACCGGCGGGUGGGGCAAAAAUCUCCCCGCUCAGGAACCCUCCCCGUUGGGGCUGGGAGUAGCUGCCCGCCGCCUCCUUCCUAAACAUAAAGGAAACGCGCCACCUUCCCCGCCCUAAGAGCAAAUCCAGAGGCAGCUCAGAGCAUCCACCAUGAAGAAGGCUGCAGGGAGCAUCAGCCCCAGCAAACCUAAAGAAGCCACCUUCAGUGCUGAGGAUGGUUAUGUGAAGAUGUUCCUGCGGGGACGCCCAAUCCCCAUGUUUGUCCCUGAUGCCGUUGUUGCCACCUACAGCCUGGAUGCCAAGCUGGAUCUGCCCCAUAAGAAGCUAAAGCUGGACUGGGUCUAUGGGUAUCGGGGCCGUGACUGUCGGGCCAACCUUUUCCUGCUGCCCACGGGAGAGAUCGUAUAUUUUGUGGCUGCUGUGGCUGUCCUCUACAAUGUGGAGGAGCAGCGCCAGCGCCACUACCUGGGCCACACAGAUGACAUCAAGUGCCUGACUGUGCAUCCUGACAUGGUAACCAUAGCAACUGGACAGGUGGCUGGGACUUCUAAAGAUGGCAAGCCGUUGCCUCCCCAUGUGCGGGUCUGGGAUUCUGUGAGUCUGAAUACGCUUCAUGUCCUAGGACCAGGGCCCUUUGACCGAGCUGUGAGCUGCGUGGGAUUCUCUAAGUCUAAUGGUGGUGGGCUCCUGUGUGCUGUCGAUGACUCAAAUGACCACGUACUGUCUGUGUGGGACUGGCAAAAGGAGCAGAAGCUUGCUGAUGUGAAGUGCUCCAAUGAGUCUGUGCUGGCUGCCACCUUCCACCCUACAGAGCCGUCUCUCCUCAUUACCUGCGGAAAAUCCCACAUCCACUUCUGGACGCUGGAGGGAGGCAGCCUCAGCAAGAGGCAGGGCAUUUUUGAGAAACACGAGAAGCCCAAAUACAUCCUGUGUGUAGCUUUCACAGAGAAUGGAGACACUGUGACUGGUGAUUCUGGGGGGAAUCUCUACAUCUGGGGAAAAGGGGGAAACCGGAUUUGCCAUGCAGUGCCAGGAGCUCACGAAGGUGGCAUCUUUGGUUUGUGUGUGCUGCGAAAUGGGACCAUUGUCACAGGAGGCGGCAGAGACCGGAGAGUUGUGCUCUGGGGACGGGAUUACCACAAGAUACAGGAGAAUGAGGUACCUGAAGGUUUUGGGCCAGUGCGCACCAUUGCCGAAGGGAAAGGCGACUCCCUCUUUGUGGGCACCACCCGAAAUUCAGUGCUCCAUGGAUCCUUGGCUACUGGCUUCUCGCUGCUAGUGCAGGGACACACAGAAGAGCUCUGGGGUCUGGCCACCCAUCCUACAUUGGACCACUUCUUGACCUGCGGGCAAGACAAGCAGGUUCACCUGUGGAGCGUGGCCACCCACCAGCCCCUGUGGAGCAAGGGAAUUGAUGAUGCGGCUCGCUCAGCUGGCUUCCACCCCAGCGGUUCUGUGCUGGUGGUGGGCACCGUAACUGGCAGGUGGCUGGUGCUGGACACAGAAACCCGAGAUUUGGUGACCAUCCACACUGAUGGUGGGGAGCCAAUUUCUGUGGUCAGCUUUUCCCCAGAUGGCAAGUAUCUGGCCUUGGGCUCCCAUGAUAACUUUGUCUACAUCUAUCUGGUUUCUGAGGGUGGCAGAAAAUACGGGCGUGUCGGCAAGUGCUCGGGUCACUCCAGUUUCAUCACCCAUCUGGACUGGGCCUUUGACAGCAGCUGUCUGGUCACCAAUUCUGGCGAUUAUGAAAUCCUGUACUGGGACCCAGCCACCUGCCGGCAAAUCACCAGCGCUGAGGCUGUGCGCAACGUGGACUGGGCCACCGCCACCUGCGUGCUGGGCUUUGGAGCCUUUGGGAUCUGGCCAGAAGGGGCAGACGGCACCGAUAUCAACGCCGUCUGCCGCUCCCAUGAUGGGAAGCUCCUGGCGUCUGCUGACGACUUCGGCAAAGUGCACUUGUUCUCCUAUCCUUGCUGCCAACCGCGGGCUCCCAGCCACACCUACAGUGGCCACAGCAGCCACGUCACCAACAUUGCCUUCCUCCAUGAUGACAGCCUGCUUCUCUCCACCGGUGGGACUGACACCAGCAUCCUCCAGUGGCGCCUCAUCUAGCAGGGCAGGGGACAAGUGGGCUUUCCAGGGGCAAGUGGUGCAACGGUGGGGGUGGGAUUGGAUCCUAUUAAACACUUUUGGAGGUGGGGGUGACAGUAAUGUGCCCCUCCUGGAUUGGGGAAGGGGGGGAGGGAGCUAUAACUGUUCAGAGGUGGGAUAUGGAAAGAGGAAGAUUUGAAGAGGAUGAGGUGGAGCUAUAUUUUACAGAAAUCUCUAUAUGAAUAGUGAUAAUAUAUAUCCAGAUUUAUCUCUAUAUAUCUAUAUUUAAAGGCUGAAGGUUGCACAGGCUGAGAAUGUGACGGUGUUGGGAAGAUGGGAGGGAGAGAGGAAUGCAGUUGCACACCCAGAUUUCUCUUUCCUCCCCAGAUGUUUGAAUUACAGAUGUAAACCAGUUUGAUAACUGGUUUGGCUGUCGCCAUUCUCGCUCUGUUUUUCCCUAAUCUCCCAUACACUACCACCCCGAGCCCUGCCAAGAAGAGUGUUGUAGGGUACUAAGAAGGCUGUUUUCAUUUUCCUUCUCCUCCCAGAACUGUGGUUUCUAGGGCUUUUUGAAUGGAAACUGGAGACUGUCUUAAACCAGUUUUGUCUUGCAUCAUAUACAUGCCCUUACAUGCAAUCUUGUGAGAUGUGAGUUGGGGGGGGGGUGAGGGACAGAUUUUUCUCCACACCCCCCCGAUGCCAUGUACUUGGUGUGCAUGCUUUGCAUUCAAAAUGUCCCAGGGCCAGUCUCCAGCCAGGGCUGGAAUGCCCGCUGUCUGAAACCCUGCAGAGCUGCUGCUAGGCAGGAUGAUGCUGAGCUAGAGAGAUAAAAGGUCGGCCUUGGUACGAGGCGGCUCCCGGUAUUCCUAUGAGUUGGGUGUGGAUGUCCACAGUUCUCUUAAGAGCAUAACGGAGGCAGCCCUCAUUCCCUCUGACCUCUUUCCAAGGGAUGCUUGUUCCCUGGUUUGUAUGUGAGGAAAGAGGAUUUGGAGAGGCUUCGGGGGGCAGUGUGAUGUGGCUGGUCCCUGGACUUGCAUCAAAGGGGGGGAUUGUGCUUCUCUUCCCUCCCUCCAUUCCCUCACCCACGAAAUGGAUGUGGAAAACGGGUAUUGUUUUCCUCUUACUGACAUCUGGUUUUCUCAAAUCUGCUGCGUGCUGUCGCACUAAACCCUUGAGUGGGAGGGGAGUGUGCCUCAUCUCCAACCCCAACCAGCCUUCUAGGGAAGAAAGCUUUAGAGCAAAGAGCAAGGAUGGAGAGGGAAGAGUUACCCCCAGCAAGACAUUUCACAUCCUUUCAUCAAGGAGUUUUAAGUCGUGCGUGGCCUAACAGUGGCAUCAAUGGGCUUGUUCACGCGGCUGCCCUGUGCACAUAUAAGGUGGGUCUGGGUCUGACGUCUACAUGAAAAAGGUGUUUAGGUAAAGGGGUCGGGGUGUGUGGCCCCAGGCAGAUUUUUCCCAGCCUGCCUCCAGUAUUAGAAGUAAGCUCAGUGGCAGUACGUCUGCUUCGUGUGCAGAAGGUCCCAGGUUCAGUCUCCUCCAUCUCUAGGCAGGGCUGGGGGACACGCUCUGGCUGAAAACCCGGAGAGCGGCUGCUGCCAAUUACCGUAGAUAGUACUGAGCUUGACAGACCAAUGUUCUCCUGUAGUGUAAGCAGCUUCCCCUGUUCCUAAGAACCUUGUGGAAUCUGACCCAAGAGAGCCCAGCCAGUCCAGCUGAGCACCCGCUUUCCCCACAGUGGCCAACCAGAUGCCUCUACCAGUAGGGUUUGAAGGCCCUAACCCUUCCCUUAUGGUGACGGCCGACAAACUGGUAUUAGUGGCACACUACCUAUCACCAUCUCAUCUGAUCUUGGAAGCUAAGCAGGGUCAGGCCUGGUUAGUCCUUGGAUGGGAGACCACCUGGGAACACCGGGUGCCGUAGGCUUAGAGGAAGGCAAUGGUCAACCACCUCUGAAUACCUCUUACCAUGAAAACCUUAUGAAUAUAUCCAAACAUAGAUUCAUAGGGUUGCCAUAAGUUGUAAUCGACUUGAAGGCAUAUAACAAAAACAACCUAUCACCAUGGACACUGCAUUUAGCCAUUGUCAGUAGUGGCCAAUGACAGACAUCCUCUUCCUCAAUGGUCUCAUCCUUUUUUGGAGCCGUCACCACAUCUUGUGGAGGCAAAUUCCACAGAUCAGCCCUGUGCUUUGGGGAAUGGCUUUCUGUUGGAUGCCCUGCCACUGAGUUUCAUGAAGGAUGCCAAAUCCUAGUACAGAAUGGGAAAUAAGCAAGCCAGGCUAAGAGGAAGCAAUGAGGGAAAACUGGGAGGGAUUGGGGGGAGGGGAAGAAGAGUUCAGUUCCUGUCAGUUGUGCGCACCUUUUCAUGUAAACAUGGACCUUGCCCCCGGCUUUAUGCAUGCAUCUAUGGGGCAGCUGUGAAUGAAGAGGGCUGCCCCUUCAUGUCUAAGUGUUGGACUAGAUCAGCCCUCCCUAACUGACUGAGGAUGAUGGGAGUUGUAGUCCAAAACAGCUAGAGAAUACCAUGUUGGGAAGGCUGAAACAGAAUACUGGGGAAAAAAUGAUUUUGAUGGUUUGCAUCAGAGGUAAGGAGAGAAGAGUAAGCAAAAGUGCUUCUGGGCAAGUGGAGGGUGUGUUUAGUCUUCUUUUUUUAGACCCAACUGAGUCACAUUUUCAGCCCAGGUUGGCGGUAUUUUGCACUGGACAUACUGAUGGUUUGGGGAGGGGGCACUUUUGGAGCUAAUAGUUUUCAGCCAGGUGGCAACUUCACGAGUCCCUGGGUAGGGGCGGAGUGGGAGUGGGCCGAAGCAUGACUGUCUUCUGUAUUUUCCAAAGAAAAUGUGGCAGAGUGUAGAAAGUUGUUUAAUAAGAAUACAACCCAAUAAAAAAGAUCUAACAACACAAA